CAAGGUCAUUGGAUGAGGAAGUGAAAAACAAGUUUAUUUAUUUUUCCAAAUAUAUUGUGCUUUACAGUAGUUUCCAUGUAUAUUCUUGAUGCGAUCUUCAUAACAUUGUAAUCCACAGUGAAAAGUAUAUCUCUGUCGCAACAAGUUCCUGUAACAGCUUUCAAUUGUAUCCUUAUACAGUAUGAACGACAAGUUACAUGUAUGCAUACAUAUGAUGUACAUGAAAAUGUAGCUGUACAAAAACAUCAAGUAAUGGCUGCCCCACCUAUCCCACCGCGUAGGUUUUCUAGAUCAGAGGGCCCACCAGCAUUUAUAGAAGCAGCCCUGCAAUUACCAUACUUUCAUGGAGCAUUACAAGAUAAACAAGAGGUAAAGAAAAUUAUGCGUCUCCACUAUGAUGAGCCAGGAACAUUCCUAGUGAGAAAGAGCUUCAGUAAAGAGAACACACUAACCAUAACUGUAGUGUUUGACCAUUCCUUGAAGCACUUCAACAUCACUGCUAAACAAAAUUUAUACUACCUUCUGGAGGAGAAAACAUUCAAGCGCCUUCAAGAUUUAUGCACGUUUUAUUCUACAACCCAGGUACCUAAUCUAGAAGGAAUACCAGGGAUAUAUCUCCUUAACCCUAAAUACAGGGAGUCUGACCCACCACCUGUUGGUGAUGAUGAAGAUUCUAGCUCAGAAAAGUUGAGACCUCAACUGUCUUCAAGCUCUGGAAAGCCAGUACGUCGUAUCUCUUCAGAUCGUUUACCUUUAAGCCCAACUGGAACAAAUUCAAGACCAGUACCUAUACCACGAAAAUCAAAAACAGCAAGCACUUCGGAAAAUUCAAAUAUGACUCACGUUAUGAAUGGUUCAGUGAACUCAAGUAGAACAAGUCAAAGUACAUUUAAUAGCUUUGUAGGGGACCUUGAUGGAAACCUCAGCCCAAAUGAAUCAGAAUUAACAAUGCGCCAUCAUGAAAUGUCAGGCAAACAAGAUGAUACAGAUGGAACUUGUAAAUCAUUGAGAGAAUACAUUAAUAAAAAUGAAUCGGUGUAUUAUGCCACAGUGCGUGACCUCUCUAAGGACCACACAGAUGAGUUAAUCGCAGUUUUAGAGCAACAGGAAUCGUCAAAAUGUGAAUGCGGGAUUUAUCACAGAUAUUCUGAAUUACCAGGGGGUUGGACAGUGCAUCGUAGUAAGGAACAAGGUAGCUGGGGUCAAUUAUUUUUCAUGUCUCCUGAUGAGGUAUCAUCCUGGUCUCUUCCUGCUGAUAUUUUAUACCAGUUACAGCCUGAGGAUCAUACUUUACUUAACAAACUUGCUGCGCAGGGGGCUGGGAGUAUAGGGUAUAAACAGGAUCAUUCAGAUGAUGUCUUUCAUCAACUUUCUUAAAAAGGUUGGGAUUAUUGUACAGUAGGGGUCAGAUGAUAAACCAAAAGCGUGGAGUCACGCCCAUUAUUGGCCUUGAUUGUUUGUCAUCAUUGGCCUCGAUGGUUCAGAAAAAUUGUUUGGUUAUGGAUCAUUGAUCAAGGGAAAAUUACCAUUAGGCUAGUAAAUGCAUGUUUGGAAAAAUGUUAUUGAUCGCAAAAAUGCCUGAUUGACAAAAAUGUGCAAAAGUGCAAAAUACAGAAAUGUACAGAGAUCGUACAGGCUAAUUUUGUUUUAUAUUCUUUAUCAUAGCAGAAUAUAACAGUGC